AUGUAUACUUUUCCAUGGUUUGACAAAUUAUUAUCUGACAUCCUCUUUGUACAAGAAGAGAUUGACCAAGUCCCUCCAGGUUUCAUAAGCAUAGAUUGUGGAGCACUUGAAGGCACCAACUACACAGAUGGAACAACUGGAAUGGAUUAUAUUUCAGAUGCAGCUUUUGUAGACACUGGUGUGAGAAAGACUAUAUCCCCUGAAUUCAAGAAUAAUCUCCUACCACAACAGUUUAACAAAGUCAGAAGUUUUCCUCAAGGAACCAAAAACUGCUACACACUGAGACCUGCACAAGGCAAAGGUAACAAGUACCUGAUAAGGGCCAGUUUCAUGUAUGGAAACUACGAUGCAGAAAAUCAAAUACCCGAAUUCGAUUUGUACAUUGGAGUUGAUUACUGGACCACAGUGAUGUUAUACGACUCAUCAAUUGGCUAUAGGUGGGAGAUCAUACAUGUUCCCACCACGGAUUAUAUAUAUGUUUGUCUCGUAAACGUAGGCCUUGGAACACCGUUCAUAUCAGCAUUAGAGCUAAGGCCUUUGAAUAAUUCUAUAUAUCAAACUACUUCUGGUUCACUUGGCCUCUUUAUGCGCUAUGAUUAUGGUUCAACCACCAAUGAAUUAGUCAGGUACAAAGAUGAUGUUUACGAUCGCAUGUGGAACCCUCACGAUUUGGGCAACCACACGAAAACCUUAAGUACCAUGUCUGCCAUUGACUCCUUGGGGUCCAACAGAUUCCAACCAGCACCUGUUGUCAUGAGCACUGCGGUGGCGCCACUAAAUGCUAGCAGUCCAUUGAGCAUCUUGUGGAGCCCUGACAAUUCCACUGAUGAAUUUUAUAUCUACAUGCACUUUGCUGAAGUUGAAGUGUUGAAAGCCAGCCAAUACAGAGCAUUUCACAUCUAUUUGAAUGAUGAGCUCUGGUAUGAUGACCCUGUUGUCCCUGAUUAUUUAUACACAAAUACAAUAUACAGCACAGCAUCUGAGGCUCAUUCAUUCUUUGCAUUUUCGAUGAACAAAACCGAAAAUUCCACACAUCCACCUAUUAUCAAUGCCAUUGAGGUUUAUACUGUGAUAGAAAUUUUAAAUUCACAUACAGAAGACCAAGAUGUUGCUGCUAUUGUGAACAUCAAGAAGUUGUAUGGAGUGACAAGAAACUGGCAAGGAGAUCCAUGUGUCCCGAAAGCUUAUGUGUGGAUUGGCCUCAAUUGCAGCUAUGAUGGUUUUGAUCCUCCUAGAAUCAUCUCCUUGGACUUGUCAGCCAGUGGAUUGACAGGGGAGGUAGCUUCUAACAUAUCUGAUCUCACGAUGAUACAAUCUUUGGAUUUGUCAAACAAUAACUUGACUGGCCAGGUUCCUGAUUUUUUAUCUCGAUUGGCUUUCUUGAAAGUUCUAAACUUGAAAGGAAACAAUUUUAAUGGUUCAAUUCCAGCAGAACUCCUUGCAAGGUCAAAGAAUGGGUCAUUGUCAUUGAGUAUUGAUGGAAGUGAAGAUAAAAGCAGAGACUCUUGUGAGUCUAAUCCAUGCAAAAAGAAAAAGAACAAUGUUGUUCUUCCAGUGGUAGCAUCUGUCGUCGCAUUGUCUGUGCUUUUCACUGCAAUAAUGGCUGCUUUAUGGGUUGUAAAAAGGAGAAAACAAGUAGUCAGGAAACUGGAUGCUGAAACAAACCAGACAGACCGGUCUGUGGAGGUGAAGAGCCGAGAGUUUACUUUUACAUACUCUGAGAUCUUGAGUAUUACCAACAACUUCGAAAGGGUUGUUGGGAAAGGAGGAUUCGGAACAGUUUACCAUGGCUAUGUAGGUAACUCUCAAGUUGCUGUAAAGAUGCUCUCACCAUCAUCAAUUCAAGGGUAUAAGGAAUUCCAAGCCGAGGCCAACCUCCUUACGAGUGUUCACCAUAAAAACUUGACUUCUCUUGUUGGAUACUGCAAUGAAGGCACCAACAUGGCAAUCAUCUAUGACUACAUGGUUAAUGGAGACUUAGAAAAGCAUCUCAGGGAUCGAAAUCAAAAUGUUUUGAGUUGGGAAGAGAGGCUUCAAAUAGCAAUGGAUGCUGCACAAGGAUUGGAGUAUCUGCACCAUGGUUGUAACCCUCCAAUAAUCCAUAGAGAUGUGAAGACUACCAAUAUCUUAUUAAAUGAAAAUUUCCAUGCCAAACUUGCUGAUUUUGGACUAUCUAGAGUUUUCCUAACUGAAGGUAGUACUCAUGUAUCAACAGUAGUUGCUGGUACUCCUGGCUACCUUGACCCUGAGUAUUACACAACAAAUAGGCUGACUGAUAAAAGUGAUGUCUUUGGUUUUGGAAUUGUUAUCUUGGAGAUAAUCACAGGCCGGUCAGCAUUAUCAAAAGGCCGCGAUAAGACUCACAUAGUUCAAUGGGUUGGUUCCAAGCUUGAAAAUGGGGAUAUUAGGAGUAUAGCUGAUCCGAUUUUACAUGGAGAUUAUGAUGUUAAUUCUGUUUGGAAAGCAGUUGAAUUAGCAAUGGCUUGUGUAUCUGGAAAUUCUACCAGAAGACCAACCAUGAAUCAUGUGGCCAUGGAAUUGAAGGAGUGUUUGGCAAUGGAGAUGGCGCGCAAUGAUACAGAAUCAAGAAAUCCGAUUGGAAUGAUAUCUAUGAAUUUGGAGAGUGAACUGAAUCCCCUAGCAAGGUGAUAUCUUUGCAAAAAUAUGCAUUCAGUAUUGAAUGUUUCUCUGUUUCAGUCUAUGUUUGUAUAUUCAAUCUACUACUUUUGUAUAUAGUUUGUGUAAUAUAUGAUUGUACUUUUCUCUUUUA